AUGGAUGACUACCUUGGGUCUGUGAAAAACCCAGAAACUGCUUUAAGGUUAAGUCGCAGUUUAGUUGAGCUGCUUAAGUUGGGUGGGUUUAAUCUUACAAAAUUUAUUAGCAACGUUCCCAAUUUGUCUUCGAAACUAAAUCCCCCUAAGACCAGCGCUAACAACAGUAAGGAAAUUAUUACCGCUGCGAUUAAUCCGGAAACCGCAUCGCAUGUUCUCGGUCUCAAAUGGGACCACGUCACCGAUACGUUGGUUGUGAGCAGAGGAGUCAACCGCGAACUCAAAGACUCUGUUACGCAGCCAUCGGUCCUUAGUUUUGUGUCCUCCGUGUUCGACCCCAUAGGUCUUGUCGCCCCGUAUACCGUACGCGCACGUUUGUUACUGAAAGAUAUCUGGAGAUUGAGUGGCCAACAGUGGGACGACCCACUGCCAAUUGAGUUGUGCCGCAGAUUCACUGAAUGGCACUCUGGCUUGCCAGUUUUAGGGCAGCUCAAAAUACCUCGUUGCUAUUUUGACUUUUCAGUAGAUGAGGUUGAGCUGCACAUGUUCGGUUAUAGCUCAUUGGCCGUUUUCUGUUCUGUAGCAUUCCUUCGAGCUCAGAAAAACGCCUGUUCCAAAUGUCAACUAGCGUUUGUUUUCGGUAAAGCAAGAGUAGCCCCGAUGAAGAUGCUUUCAAUUCCGAAGUUGGAACUUCAGGCUGCGCUUCUUGCCAGUCGCCUAAAGGAUGAUAUCGAGAAAGCUCUGACACUGAGUAUUUCCAAAGUGUUCAUGUGGACUGACAGCACAACAGUCCUUCAGUGGUUGAACUCGACAAGCAAACAGCCCGUGUUUGUAGCCAAUCGAGUAGCCGAGAUUCUGGAGUCAACAUCAAUUGACCAAUGGUUCCAUGUUUUGAGUGGAGACAACCCCGCUGACACCGGAACUAGAGGUAUUACUGCUGACUCUCCCAAGCAAAGCAGUUGGGUAAACGGCCCUUCCUUUUUGAAAACUUCUGAGUGGCCUUUCAAUCCAAAUAGGGAAGUUACUGACAAAAUUCGCCUGGAUGGUCCGGUCUACGACCUAAACGAGGGUUUAGAGGUCUCUUCCAAUUUUCCGUGCACUGCAGUUUCGACUGAUUUUGCCUUCCCUUGGGAAAAGUAUAGCUCGUUCUCCAAGAUAAAGCGACUGGUCGCAUAUAUGUUGAGACUCACCUAA